AUGGCAAUCAUCCUUAUUCUGCACUGGGACACCCCCAUUGUCAAAGCCAACAAUAGAAGCAUCACAUGUGCCCUGCUUUCCUCACUUUUCCUUUGCUUUCUGUGUCCCUUUCUGUUCAUUGGUUGGCCUGGAGAAGUGACCUGCUUUCUCCGGCAAACACUGUUUGGCACUGUUUUUUCCAUCUCCGUUUCCUGCAUCUUGGCCAAAACCAUUACGGUCGUUCUUGCCUUUCUGGCCACCGAGCCAGGAAACCGGAUGAGGAAGUGGGUAGGGAAAGGACUGGCAGGAUUUCUCAUUGUCUUCUGUUCCUUCAUUCAAGUGGGCUUCUGUGCGGUGUGGCUGGCCACGUCUCCUCCCUUCCCAGAGUUGGACAUGCAUUCCCUGACAGAUAAGAUCAUAGUGCAAUGCAACGAAGGAUCAGAGAUCAUGUGGUACAUUGUCCUGGGCUACCUGGGGUUUCUGGCCAGCAUCAGCUUUGCUGUGGCUUUCUUUGCUAGGAAGCUGCCUGAUAGUUUCAAUGAAGGCAAGCUGAUCACCUUCAGCAUGUUUGUGUUCUGCAGUGUUUGGGUGUCCUUCUUUCCUGCCUAUCUUAGCACCAAGGGAAAAUACAUGGUGGCUGUGGAGAUCUUCUCCAUCUUGGCCUCUACUGCUGGCCUCUUGGGCUGCAUCUUCCUCCCCAAGUGCUACAUCAUUCUCUUGAAGCCACAUUUAAACACAAAAGCACAUCUGACAAGGAGGGUAUUUUAA